GAGAAGCUUUCAAAAGGUAUUGAGUACCUCAUCAGUAAGGAGAGCCAGGUGAAAGCUCAUAUCACGCAGCUGGAUCUGCUGCUGAAAGAAACAGAGUUUAACAGUGAAAUAGCUAAACAAGAAGCAUUUCAAAGUUUUGAGAAAUUAUCUCAUGUCCUGGAAGAGAAGAAAUUUGCAGCUCUUAGGGCAAUUGAAGCUUCUAGAAACUUAAGGCUGGAAAAAUUGCAAGCACAAGCAGAAGAGUAUCAAGGGCUCCUGGAAAAUAAUGGCCUUGUAGGAUAUGCUCAAGAAGUGCUUAAAGAAACUGAUCCGUCUUGUUUUGUUCAAACAGCAAAACAACUUCAUGUCAGAAUCGAAAAAGCUACUGACUCUCUGAAGAGUUUCAGGCCAGCAGCUGAAAGUACUUUUGAAGACUUUGUGGUGGACAUAGCCAAGCAGGAAGAGACCCUUGGUGACUUGACCUUCCAUUCCAAUGGUCUAGAAGUACCAGAAAUAAAUGAAUUGCAGAGCAGAGUGUACAACAAAGCUCUGAUCAGUUGGGAAUGGCCUGGGAAGAGAGACGCAGCUGAUACAUAUGUUCUUGAAUAUCAUAAGCUUAAUAGAGAAGAGGAGAGUGCAGCGUGGCAGGAGAUUGAAGUUUGCAGCAAGAGCAAAGUAAUAACCCAUCUUGAUGAUGACAGCAGCUAUGCCUUCAGAGUACGAGGAUAUAAAGGGUCCAUCUGUAGUGCUUGGAGCCGAGAAGUUAUUUUGCAUACACCUCCAGCUCCAGUUUUCAGUUUUCUUUUUGAUGACAAAUGUGGGUACAACAAUGAACAUCUCCUUCUGAACCCAAGAAGAACUUCUGUGGAAAGUAGAGCUGGAUUUUCUCUGCUGUUGGGAUCUGAGCGCAUGCAGGUUGGAUGCUAUACGACCCUGGAUUACAUCAUUGGUGACACUGGAAUUUCCAAAGGGAAGCACUUCUGGGCUUUACAUGUGGAACCCUAUUCAUACUUGGUGAAAGUGGGAGUUGUUUCUGGCAGCAAGAUGCAGAAAUUGUUCCAUAAUACCCAUGAUGUAACCAGCCCAAGAUAUGAGCAAGACAGUGGUCAUGACAGUGGGAGUGAAGAUGCCUUUUUUGACUCGUCACAGCCCUUCCCACUGGUCACAUUAGGCAUGAAGAAGUUCUUUAUUCCCACAACACCUGCUACUUCCAAGGAUGCAGCGAGUAGAAUCCUUCCCCUGCCCUCAUGCUUGGGCAUCUGCCUUGACUGUGACAAGGGCAAGGUGGGGUUUUACGAUGCUGGCAGUAUGAAAUGCCUUUAUGAGUGCGAGGUGGACUGCUCUGGCAUGAUGUACCCAGCAUUUGCCUUAAUGGGUGGUGCAGCAGUUCAUCUUGAGGAACCUGUCACAGCAAAGUACGGGGAGUAUGAUGACAACGACAUCUAG